AUGCAAGCGGACAUAUGUUUUCCGGGAGCUGAAAUUGCUCACGAACUUGAAGCUCAAUCUGGACCAGGGACUUAUGUCAGGAAUCAAAUAGUUUAUUCUUCAUUGCUGGGUCAGAAACAAAUCACCUCCAAUCCCAUUCAUAAGCCAAUCGUCUCUGUAACAAGGAACAGAGAAACUUCCAUAGUACCUGAUGUCGGAUUUACUGUCAUUGGUCGUGUCGUGAGACUAAAACCACAAGAAGCUGUGGUCGACAUUGUCGUCGUAAAUGGAAGGACUACUGCUGAAGGAUUCCAAGGUAUCAUUCGGAAACAAGACAUUCGAGCUGCUGAAAAGGACAAAGUACAAGUUCACAAUGCUGAAGUUAUCUCGCUUGGUGACGCCAAAUCAUACUUUUUGUCAACUGCAAAGAAUGAAUUUGGUGUGCUACUUGCUACUAGUAUAGCAGGAUACAUGAUGGUGCCGGUUUCAUGGGAUUCAAUGAUGUGUCCAGUCACAAAGGCCAAGGAGUUCAGGAAAUGUGCAAAGCCAAGUCAAUGA